CAAACAUGAUACAAAAAUGUCUCUCUUAGGCCACCUGCCUAAACUGGUCUCGAACCAGAACGGCAACAGCAUUAAAAUGUCCUUCUUUUCCUCGUGAUGGAAGCGGAAUCCAGCCUUCGUGAUUUUGGAAAAUUAUGUUUAGACGAUGGACAAGGACCAAAAGAACAAUUUAACAUAAUGUAACGCACCAUCGUAAGAAGCCUACAAAUUUAAGGUUAAUGUUAACGGAGGUUAUGUCCAUAAAAGACAAUCAUCGUCAAUACCCACCACCGUUCGUGGAAUCUCAAAGUGGUUGAGCAGUUGAACAUGGACAUGCAGAAGGAUUCAAGCUCGGGUUUAUCACUCAGAGCAUGGUUAAGUCAGCUAGACAAGAGUAGCUGACCACAGACGCUGAGCGGUCUGCGGUGCGUUCCAAUCCAGUGAAGAGAAUGGUGCAUGCUUCGUAUGAGAGGUUUUGGAAAAAAUCAUGACAUUUCUUGCCCUGAGCAGAGUUACGGGCAUGCCGAUAUCCAGGUCCAAACAAUUUGUCUCUCUCCCAUUGCAAGGGCUGGAUUGGAAGUGGCUUCAAAAUGUACGAUGGAUGAAUGAGAAAGCGAGCCCUAAUCGGGCUUACAUUCCAACAACCAUUGAGCACAUAGCAAAUGUUGUGACACAUGGGGUAUGGGUGUUUCCAAGUGUUGUAGCCAGCCUGGAGCUUAUUGACAGAGCCACGAGCUGGCCGCAGUAUUGGUCAGCAGUGGUGUACGGUGCUGCUCUCAUCCUUCUCUUCACAGUCUCCACAUUCUUUCAUUCCGUAUUUUAUUGCAACUCUAAUACACAGUUAAAGGACGUGUUACAUCGUGGUGACAGAGCAAUGAUAUAUGUGUUCAUAGCUGCGUCAUAUUUCCCAUGGCUUACAAUACAACCAUUUCCUCUUACUGGUUGGACUGCUGAGCUGUGGUGGAUCGUAUGGGUUCUUGCAUCUCUUGGCAUCCUUUACCAACAGCUGUUUCAUGAACAAUACAAAUGUCUGGAAACUUGCUUUUAUCUCUUCAUGGGUAUUGUGCCAUCUCUAGCCAUAAUUAAUAUGCAUGAAUUCUCUGGUCUGACUGAACUGAAGAUUGGAGGUUUCCUCUAUAUUCUUGGUGUUGUAUUUUUUAAAGCAGAUGGUAAGAUACCAUGUGCUCAUGCCAUCUGGCACAUAUUUGUUGUCCUGGCAGCUGGUGUUCAUUACUAUGCCAUACUCAACUAUCUUUAUCCAACAGUGGUGACACUAGAUAGUAACCCUUAAAUUGUUGUUGCCAAUACAUAAAAUAAAUCCUGUAGCUUUAAAACAAUAGUCUUUCACAUGAGUAAAGUGAAGGGUUUUUUUUUGUUAUGUUAUUUUUGAAUAUUGUUAGUUAAACAUGAGUGCCUGUGAUCAGGCUUAUUUUAGUACAACAAUAAUGUUAAAUUGUUUAUAACUUUUACAAGUAACUAAACAUUUUGUGAAAAGAGCCACAUUUAAUGAUGGUGAAUGAUCAGUCUUAAGAAAUAUGUUACUCAUAUGAAAUGAGAUAUUGAAAAUUAAUUAUACUAAUUUACUGAAAUUAUGUCAUGUUUUACAUCAAACUUAUAUGAGAUGGAAUGGAAACAAUUGUUUAUAAUUUCUGUCUAUAAACAGAUGUUGGUAUGAGUCACAGUUUGUUGUUAUAAAGAGAAUCACAAAUAUAUAAUAUUGGCAGUAUGUUAAAGAUGUGUAAUUACCAUAGUGAUAAAGUAUCAUUAUUUGAAGUGGCAAA